CCGACGCAGUGCUUUAGUGAUCAGUUAAUUUAAUUUGAGUUUUAUUUUGCAGAUCGGUUUAGACUGGGUUGAGGCAUGAGCUAAUUGUAUCCUGAUCUUUGCCUUAAGGGGUUUCAAAGCCCUGGAGCAAGUGUUCUCCGCAUUUUGUUCUGUCUACCUAAGCCAAGCUAUUGCAUUUCUCUCUGGUGUUGCGAGGGAAGCAGAUCGCGAGCGAAAUCACGGGAAAGGAAAGCAGAAAAAGACUUGAUGUUCGUCGUUGUUUCAGGAUAGCCGAUCCAGCAUGUCCAGACCCAUGGCAACACGGUCACCUGUAUCCCCGCUGAGUACCCAGGGCAUCCCCACUCCGGCACAGCUCACCAAGUCCAAUGCGCCCGUCCACAUUGAUGUGGGUGGCCACAUGUACACCAGCAGCCUGGCCACGCUAACAAAGUACCCCGAGUCCAGAAUUGGCCGUCUCUUUGAUGGCACGGAGCCCAUUGUCCUGGACAGCCUCAAACAGCACUACUUCAUCGACAGGGAUGGACACAUGUUCCGGUACAUUCUCAACUUCCUCAGGACUUCCAAACUCCUCAUUCCCGACGACUUCAAAGACUACAGCCUGCUGUACGAGGAGGCGCGGUACUUUCAGCUGCAGCCGCUGCUGGCGGAGCUGGAGCGCUGGCGGCAGGAGAGGGAGCAGGGCCGCGUGUCGCGACCCUGCGAGUGUCUGGUGGUACGCGUGGCACCCGACCUGGGCGAGAGGAUCACCCUCAGCGGGGACAAGGCGCUCAUCGAGGACGUCUUCCCCGAGAUCGGCGACGUCAUGUGCAACUCGGUCAACGCCGGCUGGAACCACGACUCCACACACGUCAUCCGCUUCCCGCUCAACGGCUACUGCCACCUCAACUCCGUCCAGGUCCUGGAGCGCCUCCAGCAGCGCGGGUUCGAGAUCGCGGGCUCCUGCGGCGGGGGGGUGGACUCCUCCCAGUUCAGCGAGUACGUCCUGAGGAGGGAGGUGAGGAGGAGCCAGCGCUGUCCUUCGGUCAUCAGGAUAAAACAGGAGCAGCUGGACUAGGGGGCGGGGUCAUUGGCUUCCCCCACCCAACUCCACCCCCCACCCCCCUCGCUCCACAGAGCGGCGGACUUUCUCUGA